UCCCACCGUCACAUGCCACGUUGCCAUUGAGAAAAAUAAGAAGACUCGGAGGAAGAAGCCCAAAAGAGGGGCAGACCAAACCAAGACAUGGAGAUCACGGCAAUGAGAGCCCUACUACUGGUGGCUUUAGCCACCACUGCCUUCGCCUCCACAGCCGCCACCCCGCAAGGACCCGCCCUUCUCAAACUCAACACUUGGCUCCACCACCAUUCCAUCCUCCUCUCCAGAGGCAUCGAUUCAUCCAAUGUAUCGCACUCUCUUCAGCAAUCUGUCACCCAAUAUCUGGAGUUCCUCCAUCGCUACACCGAAGACUCGUUUCCCGACCAAGUGAGCUUAAUCUGGAGGGAGGUGCGUCUGAAGGUGAUGGUGCCGAUGCUGAGAGCCGCUGUGGUGUUGUCGAUGAUCAUGUCGGUGAUGCUGGUGAUGGAGGCGGUGCACAUGAGUGCGGUGAGCCUUGGGGUCAAGCUUCUACGCCGGAAGCCGGAGAAGCGCUACAAAUGGGAGCCCAUAACAGGGGAUGUGGAGAUGGGGAGCCAGGCUUAUCCCAUGGUCCUUGUCCAGAUUCCCAUGUACAAUGAGAGAGAGGUAUACAAACUGUCCAUUGGAGCAGCAUGUGGACUUACCUGGCCAACGGACAGGAUCAUAAUCCAAGUUUUGGACGACUCAACCGAUCCGGUAAUUAAGGAUUUGGUGGCACUUGAGUGCAAGAUUUGGGCAAGCAAAGGCAUGAAUAUAAAAUAUGUAGUUCGGGAGACCAGGAAGGGGUACAAAGCAGGAGCCCUGAAAAAAGGAAUGGAGCAAAGCUAUGUCCAACAAUGUGACUUUGUUGCCAUAUUUGAUGCUGAUUUCCAGCCACAAUCUGAUUUUCUUAUGAGAACAAUCCCUUUCCUCAUGUAUAAUUCAAACAUUGCUCUAGUUCAAGCACGGUGGGACUUUGUGAAUUACGACCAGUGCCUGAUGACAAGGAUACAGAAGAUGUCCCUAGAUUAUCACUUCAAAGUAGAACAAGAAGCAGGCUCAUCUACCCAUUCCUUCUUCGGUUUCAACGGGACUGCUGGUGUCUGGCGAAUAUUGGCUAUAAAUGAAGCUGGAGGUUGGAAGGACCGAACGACUGUGGAAGAUAUGGACUUGGCUGUUCGAGCAAGUCUCAAGGGUUGGAAAUUUUUAUAUGUUGGUGACAUCAAGGUCAAAAGUGAACUGCCGUGUACAUAUAAGGCUUACUGUCACCAGCAGCAUCGGUGGACAUGUGGUGCUGCAAACCUAUUUAGAAAGAUGGCAUGGGAUGUUAUAUUGAGCAAGGAAGUAUCCCUAUGUAAGAAAUUCCACGUGAUCUAUAGCUUUUUCUUUGUACGGAGAAUUAUAGCCCCAAUUGUCACCUUUUUUCUCUACUGUGUGGUGAUUCCAAUAUCAGUCUUGGUUCCAGAAGUCAGUGUUCCCAUAUGGGGGAUGAUUUAUAUCCCUACAACUAUUACCAUUCUCAAUGCCAUCAGAAAUCCUAGCUCUCUCCAUAUAAUGCCAUUCUGGAUUCUGUUUGAGAAUGUCAUGUCCAUGCAUCGCAUGAAAGCAGCCCUGAUCGGUUUAUUGGAGACAGCAAAUGUGAAUGAAUGGGUUGUAACGAAGAAGCUAGGAGAUGCUCUCAUGGAGAAGCCUGAUAUCACUUUGCCUGUAAAGUCCCCAAAUAAGUUUAGAGACAGGUUCAACUUGUCAGAACUUGGAUUUGCUGUCUUUCUCUUAUUUUGUGCAUCCUAUAAUGUUGCCUAUGGAAAGAACUACUGCUAUGUCUACAUCUACCUCCAAGCCAUUGCUUUUGUUGUCAUGGGCAUUGGUUAUAUUGGCACCUUCAUCUUCAACUCCUAGCAAGUCCAAACACCAAUAUUCAUUACAUUCUGUAACUUGGCAAUUCUUUCAUGGUUUAAGAUUGUUCAGAGGGUACACAUGUUGAAGUGGAAUAUUUGUUUAUUUCAGAGCCUUAAGAGGCCUGCAAUGAGCUGAUAUGUGACACCAUGGUGUCAGAUAAUAGCCUACUGCCACCGGAUCGAUCGGCAAAAUUUUGAAGAGCCUUCCCUCAUUCAAAUCUGUUUGAAGCAUUUACUUUCACAGACAUACCCACCAUUCUUUCAUGCUCUGUAAAAGCAUUGACUUUGCUUAUGAAUGGAUUCUUCCUUUUCCUCAGUUGUAUGAAGUAAUUAUAUUUUCAUGGAUUGUCUUCAAACUUCAAAGGAAACUUGAAUGCUGUCCGUUAA